AUGGAUUUUCUGGCUUUCCUUUUUGUUAUUCUUCAUGUAUACAAAGCUCUGUGUGAAGAAGUCUUUUGGGACACAACUGUUAAAUUUGCCAAGAACAUGACUCUAGAAUGCGUGUAUCCAUCGACGGACACCUUAACCCAAAUGGAAUGGUUCAAGAUCAAUUCAACAAAGAAAGAGUCCAUAGCGAUUUUCAACCCUACAUAUGGUGCCCUCAUCCGAGAGCCCUAUGUUAAUAGAGCCUACUUCUCCAAUUCAAGCAUGGAGCCCAAUGAUAUGACCCUCUCCUUCGUUAAUGCCUCUGAAGCAGACGUUGGCUUCUAUUCCUGCUUUCUCUACACUUUCCCUUCAGGACCUUGGGAAAAGGUGCUAAGAGUGAUUCAGUCAGAUAGCUUUGAGACGACUGUGCCUUCCAACAGCCACUUGGUGUCAAAACCUGGGGAAAAUAUCACGCUCACCUAUCAGCUUCGGAGUGUGCAGCCCAUGCAGCGUGUUUUGUGGGAAAAGAUCCAACCGCAUCAGAUUGACAUCCUUAGUUUCUGCAACUUGUCUCAAGGGAAAAGUCACAUGUCAAAGUACCAAAGACAAAUCCAGACCAACUGCAGUCAGCGGAUGAGAAGGAGCUUCAUCAUCAUCCCUCACGUCGUCCCCUCAGACUCGGGACUGUAUCGGUGCUACUUCGAGGCCAGCACGGGGGAGCAGGAGACCUUCCUGGUGCGGCUGACCGUGACCAAUGGUGAGACAGACGAGCAGCAUAUCCUAUUCUUGGCUGGAGGGAUAGCUUUAUUGUUGCUGUUGGCUACACUCAUCACCACCAUCAUUAUCAUUUACUGUAAAAGAUGUCCCACCUCUACUGACCAAACCUCAGAUGAUCCAAAAGAAGAUAUUUAUGUCAACUACCCAGCCUUCCCUCGCAGACCAAAGCUUAGAGUCUAG